ACAAAAUUCGUGUUGAUUUCUGCAAAGUGUCGCGGGAAAAUAACAGUUUUCCAGUGUAUAAAUCGACGAUUUUCUUGAAUGGAAAUCAUCAUAGCAGUGAUUGAAAUUUAGUAUUGUGUUAUUAAACGUCAUCCGUUGAUGAGUGUUAGUUACGAGGGGAUGUAAAAUUGUGUGCACACCCAACUAUUGAAAACUGGAAACAAUUCUAAUAGAAACAGGAUUGUAGAAAUGGGAAAAAUCUGUUUAACUAGAUAAAUUAGAGCAUCAUGAAACCAAAGUUUUAUCCAUUUAUUGUCUUAUUUCUUUUAUUUUGUCGAAUUUCUUUAUCGCAUUUGGAUUUGAUUAAUUUAAAUAUAACAAAUACAGUUGCUGUCGACUAUAUUGUAUCAAAUAACGUUGAAUCUGUUACGAAGAACGAAUCUAGUGACAUUAAUUCAGUGGAUAGAGAAGAUUAUACGAAUAAGAGUACAAACAUAACUUUUGAAGCAUACUUAGAAUACAUUCAGCCUCGGGUAUGGACUUGGGUGUUGGUUGCUUUCCAUUCGAUCGUCUUCGUCGUGGGGCUGAUAGGAAAUUGCUUGGUGUGCGUGGCUGUUUACAGAAAUCACAGUAUGAGGACCGUCACAAACUACUUCAUAGUCAACUUGGCACUAGCUGAUUUCAUGGUGAUUUUAUUCUGUUUACCUCCCUCGGUAAUCUGGGACGUGACUAGCACCUGGUGGUUCGGAACGGCGUUAUGCAAAAUCGUACUUUACAUGCAGAGCCUAUCGGUGACAGUGUCUGUAUUAACAUUAACUUUCAUAUCGAUCGAUCGGUGGUACGCUAUUUGUCACCCGUUAAAAUUCAAAUCUACAACGGGUAGAGCCAAAACAGCCAUCGGAAUUAUUUGGAUAAUAGCGAUGGCGUGCGAACUACCCGAACCGCUCUACUUGACAGCUGUACCGUAUCACGAAACGUACUUAUAUUUAACACAAUGCGAACCAACAUGGUCGACGGAAACGGAUCUGGUGUUCUUUUUGAUUAAAAUGAUAUUUUUCUAUUUUAUUCCUUUGGUGUUUAUGUCGGUAGCUUAUUUACACAUAAUAAGGGUGCUUUGGAAAUCUGGAAAAUUACCGUAUCAACAAAGGGUUGCAGAAUUCACUGGUACUAGAUUCAAUAACAGUACGGGUCAAUUAAAUACGUUCGCCAUGAAUAUGAACACUAGCACGGAGGGACAAAUACGAUCGAGAAAAAAAGCUGCAAAAAUGUUGGUGGCUGUCGUUGCAAUGUUUGCAAUUUGCUUUUUUCCAGUGUAUUUGUUAUCAAUUCUCAGGAUGACGGUGCAAUUGAGUAACAGCGAUCCGAACAAAGCAUUUUCUUUGAUAUCUCAUUGGUUGUGUUACGCCAAUAGUGCAAUUAACCCUAUAAUUUAUAAUUUCAUGAGCGGGAAAUUUCGUAAAGAAUUCCGUAGGGCAUUCGAUACAUGUUUUCGUAAAAACGAUGGAGGUCGAUUUUUCCAACAAUCCGGAGGUACCCUGUAUAAUAAAGAUUCGGGUUUAGUUUCCAGAACUUAUUCUAAAAACGACUGCGAACUACGAAAACUUAAUACAAUUAAAGAUGGCGACGAUGCGAAGCUUGUUAGAAAAAAUACGAAGUCCAGCAUAUUACAAAUGGACAUUUGAAUCAUUUUAGACAAAAUUUCGAUGUAAUUUUUAUUAUUUAUUAAAUAAAAAAUGUUCAUUUAUACAGUAUGAUUAAAGAUAAACACAA